UCGGCAGGAGUAAAGGGAGAUCCAAAACAGCCCACACACACACCCCGCCACCAUGCUGGGCUUCUGCCGCGCCAUCCCCACGGAGAUGGACUACAAGGGCCAAAAAUUAGCAGAACAGAUUUUUCAAGGAAUCAUUCUUGUCUCUGCAGUAAUUGGUUUCAUCUAUGGCUACAUCACUGAACAGUUUGGAUGGACUGUCUACAUAUUUAUGGCUGGAGUUGCUUUAUCAUGUCUGCUAACGCUCCCACCGUGGCCUAUGUACCGCCGCAAUCCUCUGAAGUGGUUACCUGUCCAAGAGUCGGGAACAGACGAUAAGAAGCCAGCAGACAGAAAACCCAAGAGACGCUAAAAGCUAAAGAAUACGGUUCUUCAUGUUAUGUUGCAGCAGUUAGCUUUCUUAAGUUUUAAUACAUUUUCUCUAGAUGG